CAGCGGCGAGAGAGACGCACGGCGCGCAUCCGUUCGCCUCCCCAUUGACGUCACUCCGGUAUCACAUGAACGAGCCGGGACCAAUCCACGCAGCCCUACCGUAGCACUCGGUUCCUCCACAGAGAUAGGGAGGAAAACGACAGAAAAGGGAACUGUGAGCAUCUGAAGAACAAAUAAAAUACAGACUCGAAUCGUUGUGGAUUCUGUAUCCGGUUAUUGGUUUAUACCGGGAAGACUGGAUUAACAUGCAGCGGAGGGACGCGGAAUGGAUACGGCAAUGGCCCGAACAUAUUGAAUAGCUCGCAACGCGCAAAGGAAAGAUAUAUAUUUAUUAUUCUAAGGAAACAUAUUUAUACCCUUCCUCAUCGUGACCUACCUCCACGACGGUUUUACCUAAUGGCGUCGAUUUUCACCGUCAACGAUCGCCGUAUUUUUAACGCCAAGAGCGUCUAGUCGCGGAUCGUCUGAGCCUAUAACUUAUAUGCCGAACACUGGGACGAGCAUUAUUAAAAGACAUCCACCUGAUCCGACCCCACGCCGUCGAUUUUCGCUUAGUUCAAGCAUGGAUUUUCACGGGAGCGGCGGUGGAAAUGAACUGCACAACAAUCAGUUUUAUCCGUCCGAGGAGAGCAAGCCGCUGCUGGGGGAAAUGUCCGCGCAACAGCCCCCGCUGCCACCGGAGGGCAAUAAUAACCAUAAAUCGGGGCCCUGUAGCAAGAGGAGCCUUCUCCAUAGCAGCAGCGGCAUGAGAUAUAAACUCCUUCAGGAAGGAGACAUCCAGGUGUGCGUGGUCAAACACCCGCGGACCUUCCUCAGUAAGAUCCUAACCUCCAAAUUUUUACGGAGGUGGGAGCCGCACCAUCUCACAUUGACGGAAGGCAGUCUGCUUUCUGCCACGCCCACAGGAUAUAUGGAGGCCCCUGUGUCGUACAGCACUAUAGAGGAUCUGCAGUUGUUGUCUUGGGACAACGCACCCAAAUACUGUGUCCAGCUAAGUUUCCCCGGAGGGACGGUCCUCCUGCAGGCUGCGAACAGCUAUUUGCGAGACCAGUGGUUUCACUCUAUACAGUGGAAGAAAAAGAUCUACAAGUACCGCAAGGUGCUGAACAACCCGAGCCGAUGGGACGUGGUACUGAAGGAGAUCCGAGCUCUGGUGGACAUGGCCCUGACCUCACCACUUCAGGAUGACUCCAUACAUCAGGCACCGCUCCACAUCAUCUCCACCCUGCUGGCUGAGAACACUAACCUCAGUGCUCAGGACCAUGAGAACAUCAUUGUGGCCAUCGCACCCCUGCUGGAGAAUAACCAUCCUCCUCCUGACCUAUGUGAAUUCUUCUGCAAGCACUGUAGGGAGCGUCCUCGCUCGAUGGUGGUGAUUGAAGUCUUCACUCCUGUGGUUCAGAGAAUCCUCAAACACAACAUGGACUUCGGUAAAUGCCCAAGACUCCGUCUCUUUACUCAGGAGUAUAUUUUGGCUCUGAAUGAACUCAAUGCCGGCAUGGAAGUAGUCAAAAAGUUCAUUCACAGCAUGCACGGUCCCACAGGACAAUGCCCUCAUCCUCGGGUGCUCCCUAAUCUCGUAGCGGUCUGCCUCGCUGCCAUCUACUCCUGCUAUGAAGAGUUCAUCAACAGCCGAGACAAUUCGCCCAGUCUGAAGGAGAUCCGGAAUGGCUGUCAGCAACAGAGCGAGAGGAAACCGCCCAUGCCCCUACGCCUGCUCCGUCCGGAGCCACCAACGCCACCUCCGACCACCGCACCGUCCCCUCCGCCUGCCCUACCCCUUUCACCCCCACCUUCAAUCGUCAACUCCAGCGAGAUCCUUGUGGAGUUGGAGCGUAACAACAACACCACUAACACAUUGCAUAAGGCCCCCGUGGAGGGUGACAACGAGCCCAACCUGAUCGACUGUCUAUUGGUCAGCCCUGCGCUCAACGCCCUGUCCAUUCAGUUGCCUGCACACGCAGACAGAGUGCUGGGCUGUUUCGCCCUCAUCCUAAAGAUGCUAUCAGACUACGAUGACUGGAGACCAGCACUGGCCAGCCUGCUUCAACCAAUCCCCUUCCCAAAAGAGGCCCUCGCACAUGCCAAAUUUACAAAAGAGUUGAAAUAUGUCAUUCAGAGGUUUGCCGAGGACCCCAGACAAGAGGUCCACUCCUGUUUGCUCAGUGUGCGCUCUGGAAAGGACGGGUGGUUCCAGUUGUACAGUCCAGGGGGCGUGGCUUGCGACGACGAUGGAGAGUUGUUUGCUAGCAUGGUCCACAUCCUCAUGGGCUCCUGCUAUAAGACGAAAAAGUUUCUUUUAUCGCUGGCCGAAAAUAAGCUCGGACCCUGUAUGCUCUUGGCCCUGCGGGGGAACCAGACCAUGGUGGAGAUCCUGUGUCUUAUGCUGGAGUAUAACAUUAUUGAGAACAAGGACACCCAGCUACAGAUCAUCUCCACCCUGGAGAGCACCCAGGUCGGCCUGCGUAUGUACGAGCAGCUGUGCGACAGACAGAGAGAGCUAAAAGAACUGCAAAGAAAAGGAGGACCUACUCGACUCACCCUGCCCUCGAAGUCUACAGAUGCUGACCUGGCUCGUCUCCUGAGCUCUGGUUCUUUUGGCAACCUGGAGAACCUCAGCUUGGCGUUCACCAACGUCACCAGUGCCUGCGCCGAACAGCUCAUCAAACUGCCAUCCCUCAAACAGCUCAACCUGUGGUCGACCCAGUUUGGGGACGUUGGGCUCCGCUUGCUGUCAGAGCACCUGGCCUGUCUGCAGGUUCUGAACUUAUGUGAGACUCCGGUCACGGACGCAGGCUUGGUCUCCCUCAGCUCUAUGAAAAGCCUGUGCAGUUUAAAUAUGAACAGUACUAAACUCACUGCGGACACAUAUGAGGACCUGAAGGCCAAGCUGCCCAACCUAAAGGAAGUAGAUGUUCGCUACACUGAGGCAUGGUAAACACGUUCAGCAUCAGUGAGAUUCGAGGAGAUGUGUAAACACAGGAAAUCGCUGACACAUCAUAGGAACACAACAUAAUCACCAACACGGAAAAUCAAGACUAUAUAUUUAUAGGAGCAUCAUUCGAACGCAAGGACCUUCUGAUAAUAUCAUAAGCGCUCAAGAACUAUCUAGUAUCUCAUCCAAAUACAAGGACGCUGUUUGCAGUGCCAUCGAAAUGCAGAAUUGGAUCACCGGACAUCACAGGAACCUUGUUUGUAAUGACUUAAAAAGGAAAUCGUAGGUUUCUUGCCUUUAUCUUAACCCUGAACGGAAACGUCUGGUUAUCACGCGUGUGCAUCGGCUAUAUCAGGCUUCCCUUUGUAUGGAUUUUCCCCCAAAAGACACCAUUUGAUUAGUCCCUCCUUGAACCACCUGGAGCCAUUUUCCCUGUGGAGGCCUGGAUAUUCAGAGCCACAUUCCAGUACAGUACUGUGUGGAAAGCCGAAAUUUCCACGAAACAUUUUGAUUUUCGUUUGCGUUCAGUCGGUCACCGAAAUCUCUUUUGUUGUGUCUCCUAACAAUGUCCUCUUCUUCACAUGUUCAUCCUUGAAAAUCAUUUUUUAUUAACUUGAAUAAGCAUAUUUUUCCAUACACCGCUUUCAUAUGUAUGUUUGUAAAUGAAAAUGUAUUCCCUAUAUUGACAUUUUUAAAGCAGACAUUUCAGGGGCUCUCGCAAAAAUUGAAAUUUUCGUUCAUCAUUCUUACUUUUUUUUUAUGGUAGCCACAUUGUACAGUUUAAUUUUAAUUUUACACCCAUAUUUAAAAGCACGCUGUCCAGUGGGUAGUCUGGGACUACUCUGUAUUUAUGAGCCCCAUUUACUUGGUCCUGUUUUUCCUUACCUUUUGAACCAAGAUGGUGCCUAAAACAUUUCCUGUAAAGAUUGCAACACCUAGCAACUCUGAGGAAAGUCCGAUAAGUUGUACAUAGAUACGUUAUUGAUUAUUAGGCUUGUUUAUUAUCUGUAAACUUGCUGUGGUCGCCUCUAGUAGUCCACCGCGAGUGUCCUGCCAUAACGGUUAACAAAAUGUUUCUGCAUAUUUAUAUAACAAUGAAAUAUCGAGCCAAGAUGUGUGCGAUGUCUAUUACGGCGUGUUACACUCGGUUUCGUUUUCUUGCUUUUGUGAUUGUCUUAUAGUUUAUCACCACUGUAAUAAGUUCUAGUCAACGUCUUGACUAGUAGACAAAACAUGUUAUGAAGGAGGCAGAUCGUACUUGUAGAGAAAAAGCAGUCAGUUACGGUCACAACUAGAGAGGUUUUCUUUAGAAACUGAUUCAUGUUUACAAAGGAGUGUCUGUCUUUACUCCCACUUAAAAACUAUAGAUAGACUCGCUGCAGCGUCUAUGUGGCCAGUCUUGCAGUUUCUGAUAGGUUCGGCUUGCGUGUGCUUUUUCACACCGAUAUGCGCCAGCCGGGGGAGUUCAGUAACCGGUGCCAUAAAUGGCCUUUGGCACCGACUUGUGUUCGCCAUGUUGCGUAGUUGCAUACUGUAUAAUGUACAUAUGAGUGUAUAUAAUUUCCCCUCUCUAUCAGAUGUUUGUUUCUCUUUCGUUCAUAUUUGAGAGACUGUUGUUGCCUUCAUUUCUGAGAUGAGUGCAUAUGGUCACCUGUUUUUCUUCACACCCUUCUCACUGACCAUCGUGUUUGCUUUUCAUGAUUUGUUUCACCCGUUUAUUUGUUUAAUCACAUGUUGCAACGCUUUGAAUAUAAUGGGUAAAAUCACUAGCUCUGAGACCAGUCCCCUUUCAGCCACUUGAUCGAUGUUUCUAAAAGUGAAAGAUGGACAGAGUUUACGGUCCAUGUGUGGGUGCACAGAGCAGUAAACCAAUGGAUUAUAAAUGGCACCCGGGGUUAAUUUUAGCGCAAAGUGCAUUUGUGACUGGACUCGAAACUGUGCACGGGUGGAACUUAAACAGUGGUUAUGUAACAUUGUAAUAUGUUUUGUGAUCCUUACAGCAGACACAUUUUUUCUUUUUUUGGGGGUUAAGGGGCUGGGUUCCCUGCUCCCAAACCCUUAUUUUGGCUAAAAUGCCACCUUUUUCUCAGAAAACGCAGAGAAGUAAAAAAAAAGUGGAAAUUUAGUUUUUCCCCAUAUUUGAUUUUGUUUUUGUCGUAACCUGUGGAGCACUGUACUGUUUGUUUCCAAUGUCUCUUUACAAACAUAUUAUAAUGUCUCUUACCUUCUUUUUUCUUUCGAAAGGUCUCUGUAAUGUUGAAUUAAGACUGAGUCUUAAAUUUUGUGGCCUCUGUGGCACAAUCGUGUACAUACAAGAACUACAUUACCCAUGACUCCUGGAGUUUUUGCAGUUAGAACUGCUGCCCAUAUUUCUUCUGUGUUUAUCUGCUUUUAUCUACAGCUGGGUUGCUGCUGCUCUGUGGCUGUUGUAAUAAGAACACACACACACCCUCGACAAGAAGAUAGGCCUAAUAUGUGAACCAGUUUCAAUCAAAAUAAACUGUCUGUGAAUAUGUUUCAAAUAGA